AUUUUGAAAAGUAAGCAUGAAAACAAAAAUGUGUAUACAAAAAAUUGUAUAUUGAUAAAUAUUUAUUUUCAGCUAUGAGUUUGUUGGUAGCUACACUCGCGAUACAACAGGACCGCAGAAAUAUGCUGCGAAUGCGACGGCGGUAUUUGAGGGACUCCACAGAUCCAUUCAGCAUUCCAGAGGCGCGCUUUAUAGAGUUGUUUUGCUUCAGCAGGGCAGCAGUCAGGGAACUUCUUGUAGAAAUGGAGCCUUUAAUGGAUACAGCAGUAAGGAAUACGUUCAUUCCAAACUCCAUUAGACUGUGUGUAGCACUCCACUAUUAUGCUACAGGAUCGUACCUUAGAGACGACGGUCAGGAUUUCGUUUGCGCCAUAAGUAAGACCAUGGUAAGCCGCAUACUACAUCAAGUCACAAAAAUUUUGCAAAACUACUUGGCGCAACGAUAUAUUAUACUCCCAACAACAUUGGAGCAGCAGAAUAUAGUAAAACAACGUUUUUUUAAUGCAACUAGAUUUCCCGGCGUCUUAGGAGCGAUUGAUUGCACUCACGUCAAAAUUAAGAAGCCAUCAAGUGAUGUAGAAUACUGCUACAUUAAUCGGAAAGGAUACUUUUCCAAGAAUGUGCAAUUGGUGUGCGAUUUCGAUUUAAAUAUCCUGGGGUGCUUCGCAAGGUAUGGGGGAAGUACGCACGAUGCUUAUAUUUGGGAAAGCAGUAUAAUAAAAUCCCAUAUGCUAAAUGCUUACACUGCAAAUGGCUCUACUGGAUGGUUGCUUGGAGAUUCUGGGUAUCCAUUGCAGCCGUGGCUAAUGACUCCAUUCAGAAAUGUUGAGCAUGCCAGCCAACAGCGCUACAAUGAUAGCCACGCACGUGCACGAAACUGUGUAGAACGCCUUAAUGGAGUUCUAAAAAAGGUAUUUGCUUGCCUUUCACAAGACCGGGGGCUAAUGGAGGAUCCCUCAUUUGCUGGGUCUAUAAUUACUGCAUGCUGUACACUACAUAAUAUUCGAAAGAGAUUUAAUCUUCCGCUUCCUGAAGUAGAUCCACCUGCUGAUCUAUCUGACAAUCAAUCGUCUGGGGACAAUGUCGAAUUAGUACACGUUUUAAAUGAAGGAAGAGCUGUUCGAAAUAUUAUUACAAGAAAUCACUUUUAUAAUUAG